AUGUCAAAUAACAAAGUACACGAUUUUUUCAAACGAAAGCCAGCGGAAUGGAGCUUUAUAGGAACCAUUCCAGUUAAAUAUAGACUUGUACUUAGGAACCUUAGGGUUAUUAUCAACCGUGAAGGAGGAAACAGGAAGGAAAAAAUCCAACUUCUCAACAAGUAUUAUAGCAAGGCAAUCGAGCCACAAGCCAAUGUUGGGACACAGGGUACUGAAUCCUACCAUAAAUUAGCAAGGAAAUGGGAAGCAGAACGUUCGAGAAAACCGACAUUUAUGGAGAUUGGGAGCGCAAGUGGAACAGUAAAUAACGGGACCAUCAGCGGAACUUAUAGUUUAGCUGACUGUACAGUACAGUUUAUAUGUAUACCCAAAUUUUCGUCGAAAAGAACCAACGAGAAUGAAGAUGAUCAUGAAGAGUUACAAAAUAAACGAACAAGAAUGGACGGUGAGAAUUCUCAACAAAUUUUUCAAAGAGAAAAUAUUUCUGAAUUAUUUAUCUCAUAUCGUUCUAAAGUAUUGCAAAUGGGACAAGCGACAGGCUUAUCAAUUGCAAUAGAUUAUCGAGAAAUAUUGAGAUUGUCCCACAUUUUACUAUUACAAGCUGACAACUUCUCGGACCUGCAGAUCCAAGAAUUUUCCAGAGAUACUUUAGAACGAUUGCAAAAAAAACAUGCGUAA